AUGGGGAGGAGAGGCAGGUGCCCACAGCCUUCUUCCACUGCAGGACCAGCGGGGUACCUGCGGCGAGCUAGCGUGGCCCAGCUGACCCAGGAGCUGGGCACUUCCUUCUUCCAGCGGCAGCAACUGCCAGCUGCUAUGGCAGACACCUUCCUGGAACACCUCUGUCUGCUGGACAUCGACUCUGAACCUGUGACCGCUCGAAGUACUAGCAUCAUCGCCACCAUUGGGCCGGCUUCUCGCUCCGUGGAGCGCCUCAAGGAGAUGAUCAGGGCCGGGAUGAACAUUGCGAGACUCAACUUCUCCCACGGCACCCACGAGUACCAUGCCGAGUCCAUCGCCAACAUCCGGGAGGCUGUGGAGAGCUUUGCCACUUCCCCGCUCAGCUACCGACCCGUGGCCAUUGCUCUGGACACCAAAGGACCGGAGAUACGCACUGGGAUCCUGCAGGGGGGCCCGGCGUCAGAAGUGGAGCUAGUGAAGGGCUCCCGCGUGCUGGUGACCGUGGACCCCGAGUUCCGGACGCGCGGGGACGCGAACACCGUGUGGGUGGACUACCCCAAUAUCGUCCAGGUCGUGCCGGUGGGGGGCCACAUCUACAUUGACGACGGGCUCAUCUCCCUAGUGGUCACGAAGAUCGGUCCAGGGGGGCUCGAGACCCAAGUGGAGAACGGAGGUGUCCUGGGCAGCCGGAAGGGCGUGAACUUGCCCGGGGCCCAGGUGGACCUGCCCGGGCUGUCCGAGCAAGAUAUCCAGGACCUGCGCUUCGGCGUGGAGCAUGGCGUGGACAUCAUCUUUGCUUCGUUUGUGCGGAAAGCCAGCGACGUGGCUGCCGUCCGGGGUGCUCUGGGGCCGGAAGGACAGGGCAUCAAGAUCAUCAGCAAAAUCGAGAACCACGAAGGCGUGAAGAAGUUUGAUGAAAUCCUGGAGGUGAGCGACGGCAUUAUGGUGGCACGGGGUGACCUGGGCAUUGAGAUCCCAGCCGAGAAGGUUUUCCUGGCCCAGAAGAUGAUGAUCGGCCGUUGCAACUUGGCAGGAAAGCCCGUCGUCUGUGCUACACAGAUGCUGGAGAGCAUGAUCACUAAGCCCCGGCCAACCCGAGCAGAGACGAGCGACGUGGCCAACGCGGUGCUGGAUGGGGCAGACUGCAUCAUGCUGUCGGGGGAGACUGCCAAAGGGAACUUUCCUGUGGAGGCUGUAAAGAUGCAGCAUGCGAUUGCCCGGGAGGCAGAGGCUGCCGUGUACCAUCGGCAGCUCUUUGAGGAGCUGCGCCGGGCAGCACCCCUGAGCCGGGAUCCCACUGAGGUCACCGCUAUUGGCGCUGUGGAGGCUGCCUUCAAGUGCUGUGCUGCUGCCAUCAUCGUGCUGACCACAACUGGCCGCUCAGCCCAGCUUCUGUCUCGGUACCGACCUCGGGCAGCAGUCAUUGCUGUCACCCGCUCUGCCCAGGCUGCCCGCCAGGCCCACCUGUGCCGAGGAGUCUUCCCUGUGCUCUACAGUGAACCCCCAGAGGCCAUCUGGGCAGACGAUGUGGAUCGCCGGGUCCAAUUUGGCAUUGAUACUGGAAAGCUCCGUGGCUUCCUCCGUUUUGGGGACCUGGUGAUUGUGGUGACAGGCUGGCGACCGGGCUCUGGCUAUACCAACAUCAUGCGCGUGUUGACCAUAACCUGAGGUGCCCCUCCCACUCUGACUGAGCCAGCCCUGGGCCCGUCCCUCCUCUCUGCUCCCCUCCUACAGCCCCACACCUGAGUCUUCUCUACUCCCAAUCCUCCCUAGCCCAGGCCACAUCUGCCACCCAGCCCCCUUCCAGGGUGCCCCCUCCCCCUCUCCGUUUCACACAGGCCUUGAAAAUCUGUAUCCAGUUAAGCACUGGCCAUCCAACAGUACCAGUAGUACUUUCCCUGCAUCCAGUGCUCUCAGCUGAUCCCUAAGAUGCUCUGAGCCUUUAAUCCCAGCUUAACUGGUUGAUUCUAUUCCCCCAGGCUUCCCAUAUCUGGGGGUGGAGGGGAGGGGAACAGGGCAGUCAUGUCCACAGUCUCCACAAAAUCUCUAUUUUAAAACUAUUUCGUAUCCACGCAGUUUGACAUUCUCAUAUGUGGCCCUCAUGAUAAUCUGGGCGUCCCCCGAGGAGAGUGCUCCCUCUCUCCUUCAUUGUGACUGUCAGUGACAUCAAAGCACCACCCUUUUGGGGAAGCUAGGGUAGAUGGAAGCCCAGGAGCGCCGAGAGCCAGGCGGGCUCAUCCCGUCCCUGUCUCUACCACCUCUAGGCUUGCAGGCUGCUCCCUGGCUGCUCUCAUACCCACCUCGUCCUUGCUGGGUCAGGUGUCCUGCUGCUUCCUCCUGUACCCUGAAAUGCCCACUUUGUUCCCACACACAAACCAGGAGCCAAAACAAGUGUCUCUAUUUUCUUUUUAAACCCAGCUGUUUGGAAGCAAUAUAAAACUUCUCCCACACACCCAGAACCCCAGAACUCCCCACCCAGGAGAAAGGAGAUUUAGGGUCCUGGCCCCACAUUCUUUGAUGCUGUAGAAUAGGUGUGGGGACAGAAGGGUGGGGCGGGGGUGGGGUUCUCUUGUCCCUGAGAAGGCAGAGGUACUGGCUAGCCUGCCCUUCCCCAGGCUUGGAUACCUCAGGCCCUCCCAUUGCUCCUGCAACAACAGCAAACACAGUAGGAAGGGAAAGAAACCUAAAAAUAAGAACAGUCCUCCGCCCCCUCUCAGGUGGCCUUCCUGCUCCUCCUUAGGGAGAGGGUUAAGUAUUGCUGCUGAUGGGAGUUGGGCACACAAAGCUGGCACGGAGGUGCCCUACCCAUUCCUGUCUCCCUACCAGGAGGGGCAGGGAGAGAAGGAUAAAUGAAUAUGUAAAUAAAAUGAAUUGAUAAUAAAAUUGGCA